AUCACUUGGUUUCAUCCACCGGCGAUAAGAGAAUUCUACAAUUCCAUGAUUGAUUUCUUUUCAUAGGAAAACCUCGAUAAUCUCUAUACUUAUCCCAAAAAUUACUUGGCAUUUAAUUUUCGGAUUGCGAUUAAGCGAAUGAAGCGAAAAGAUACCGCAAGCGAGACCUGGGAAACAAAAGGUUUGACCCACCGGGGUCAUACUCGGGGAAUAACGAGCGCUGUAUGUAAGCAUGGUGCGUGCUCGUAAAAGCACGGCAAUAAAAUUACCCAAGGUGCCCAUCUGGUUGGGGCGUGAAUCGGAGGCGUGGUGGAAAGUCUCGCAGUGCCGCGAUUGGUUAACGUUGAGCACCAGUGUAUUCAAGAAUCAAGAUUUGAUCUCCCCUGUCGGUUUUCUCGUGCCGAUCGUACCCCAACCAGAGUAUCGCCAGACUGGCAAAACUUACCUGAUGUAACUGGUGGGAGUUGCCUAGCCGUUAGUUACCCCAACGUUCCAUCCCCAGGACGUUUAGUUGGGAUCGGCGAGCCGAUCGGUAGAGAUCUAUCUCUUAUUAAUCUUGUGAAAGUUGAAGUAAGUGUACAUAGCCUUCCUAUGUCACGUCAGAUAAGAUCAAGACUGUUGCGAAGAGAAAUCGAGAAAGGAAUGAAUCAAUGGUUCCAAUCAAUACACUACGACCCGGGCGAAAUCGUCGCUUUUCAAACUUGCAAUGGAUACAUGGUUUGUGCUUGCUUACAUAUUUCUUUUAUGUGAACGUCGGGUGAAUCGCGGGACUAGGUAGGAUAAGUAGAACGGGAGAUUAAUGCGAAGGAUGGAGAAUCGACGAUGUCAUCCUUAUGGAGAACUAUGUGAAAUGCGCUAGUGAAGUUUAUCAUCAUUCGGUGCCGGAACGAACUUAUCCGGACUACGUCGCGGUGGCUCGGCUUGGCUGAGAUGGUUACCACCAACUUCUCGAUGAUGCGACCAUGUUUUACUGGAUAUUCUCUUCAAGACUUAGGAUCGAUACCGGGCCAGGGCCGCGUAAAUCAGCUCGGUGGUGUCUUCAUCAAUGGACGACCGCUACCUAAUCAUGUCCGGCUCAAGAUUGUCGAGAUGGCCGCGUCAGGGAUCAGACCUUGCGUUAUAUCGAGACAAUUGAGGGUAUCCCACGGAUGCGUGUCGAAGAUACUAAACCGUUAUCAGGAGACUGGUAGCAUCAGGCCCGGUGUCAUCGGAGGGAGCAAACCUCGCGUGGCUACGCCAGAGGUGGAGGCGAGGAUUGAGGAGUACAAACGUGACAACCCGGGUAUGUUUUCGUGGGAAAUUAGGGAUCGGCUUAUCAAGGAGGGUAUCUGUGACCGGACCAGCGCGCCGAGUGUGUCCGCGAUUUCUCGGCUACUCAGGGGUCGCGAUCCGGAAGACGACGUCAAACUUGGCGACGGCAAAACGAGUUCUGGAUCCGACUGCGACAGCGAACCGGGAAUUCCAUUGAAGAGAAAACAGCGCCGGAGUAGGACGACCUUCACGGCCCACCAGCUGGACGAGCUGGAACGGGCCUUCGAGAGAACUCAGUAUCCUGACAUUUACACUCGAGAAGAACUCGCCCAGAGGACGAAGCUGUCAGAGGCUAGAAUUCAAGUGUGGUUCAGCAACAGGAGAGCUAGAUUGAGGAAACACCUUUCCUCGACCUCCACUGGAUAUGUCGGUUCCGUGGCAUAUCCGGCCCCCUCGUACGUUAUUCACUCGUCGGCACCGCCACAUCCGCAUCCUGGAGCGACGGUGCCACCGGGUCAUCCUCAUGGUCAGGGUCUAUCAGACGCGGCGUUCACCUCUGGUCAAGAACUGUACUCGUCCCAUCACGCCCCAAUGUCUCAUCAAUUGGCGACGGAUUCCGCUCGGCUUUCUUCGUCCAUCGGAUCGGCUCCGCCUUACAGUUUCCCGACUGCUGUUACUUAUCCCAGCCCGAUGCUUCCAUCGACCACAUCCACGACGACUCACAUGACUCACCAGGCGACCUCGACAUCCUCGAGCUACCAGCAAACGGUGAGCGGUCAUCAGCUACCGCCCCCGAGUCCUCUGAUCACCAUGAUGGGACCGAAUUCUGGCAACUCAAACUCCGCUUCUGAUCUUAUCAGUUCGGUUUCGCCCGCUCAGCAGCAACAGCAACAACAACAGCAGCAGCAAGCGCAGCAACAAACCAGUCACGGAGCGACAUCGACGUCAUGGAAUCUCGCGAUCACCGCCAAUAGCGGUAGAGUCAAUCUCCCGAGUCCGCCGUCCAGUUUACAGCAGCCUCACGCUUAUGGCGCUCAUCCACAUCAGGUAGGUACUUUCGCCAGUCAUUAUACCGCGCAGAAUUUUCAACCGCCCAGACCGACGCCGCAAUACUGGUACUAAGAAGUGUGAUCUUAUAAUUAAGACAUUAAUAAGGUUCUCGUAUAGAAACACAAAUUCUGGAUUUCGCGGGCUAGUAAGAGCCCGACGCAGGAUGCUGGUGCGUCAGUUCUAAAGAAAAUUAAUUCACACCUUUAUGUGUGUGUGUGUGUGUGUAUAUAUAUAUAUAUGUGUGUGUGUGCCAUAUAGAAAUUGAUAUUCCGUAAUUUGUACGCUAUACGGUAUUUAUUAUUUAAUGGCACACACCUUAACUCUGCAGUCGUCGCGUGAGAUCUUUAAUAGUUUUUAGUAAAACCGAUAUUUAGUAAAAUGCAUUUUUUAGUAAUAAAAUACAAACUUCGCCCUUUGACUUUUUUUUUGGUAUUUUUCCGACAAGUUCUCCGAAGAAGUUCUCGCGAAGCGCAUCGUUAUUUUUAACUUGAUUGUAAUUUUGAAAGUCUUAAUCAAGCGACGCGAUAACGUCGCGACGCCAAGUACAUAAAAAAAUACUUAUUGGCUUGUCAACAGUUUUGCCUAUGUAAAUAUUAUUUCCAAAAUAAUAUAUUUUUUUAUUUCCCGAAAACCCAAUUAAACAAAGAAAAUAUUUGAGUUCUCGACGUAAAAGAUAUAAAUUGAUUUUUUUUAUAUUGAGAUUUCUCACAAGGUUCGAUUUGUGUUACGAAAAAUAGCGCGACGACUAAAGGGUUAAGCAGGCGCUGAUGGAAGUAAUAAAAUAAAGUUCGGUUUACUAUAGUCAGUGGACGCGAUAUCUCUACUGAAAAAUAACAAUACACUUAAUAAGCACUUAAUACUGCCCGAACGUACAGCAGGGAAUUAUACAAAAUGAUCAUAGGGGAUUCAUAUAAUUAAAGAAAGUCGCAAGAGGAUGGCAAAGUUUAUACCGAGAUUAAUAUUAUUUGAAGAUAACCGAUACGCGCGAUUUUAAUUCGGACUCUAAUACUGGCUUCGAUAAUUUAGGAGCGCGAAACGUUAGAAAGAUCGGUACAAUACGUGUAAUUCUACUCGGCAAAACACAACGCAAUCAUCUGAUUUCAAUAUUCGCGACACAAUUUCUCUGACGCAAUAAUUCCGACUAUAACAACCGAUUUUACAUAAUUCACGUAUAAAAUUGUACACGUCACAUGGAGCUUGGUAUAAAAAAAAAAAAUAAUUGUUUUUAAGA